AUGGCGCCCAGCCGCUCGGCCCUCCUUUCGUUGGCAGCUCUCGCAGCACUCGCAGGGUGUUGUGUAUGCGCGCCGCAAGGCAGUGUGCAGGGCGGCGUACAGGGCGGCGCGCAGGUGCCGCCGGGGGUGCCACACUCCACCGCGCCGCCCCCGCCAGCCGGCAUCGGCGGCGUCCGCAAAUUCAGUCAGUAUUCCAGAGGGCGUGGGUAUCGCGACUGGCGGACCCGUGGCGAUCCCACGCUCAUCAAUUCGCUGUGGCGCAGCCGACAACCGCUCGGGAUACGGAAACAGCUCGGCAACGCGGAGGUGUACAUAGUUUUGGCGCUGCUGAUCGGGUUCGUGACGGUGGUGGUGGGGUGCUGGCUGUCCGACAACUGCUGGUCGCCCGAGCCGGAGGAUGCGCUGGCCGGCUGA